AUGGAAGCAUUUCUACAUUCUCUGACUUCCUAUACCCUGAGUCCCCUUGGCCAGAAGUACAGUUGGGAGCAGCUUUAGGAGCUGGAACAACACUUCGAGAUGGAACCAUACCCGGACCUCAGUGCUCGAAAGAUCAUGGCCGCCAGACUCAAACUAAAGGAGGAGAAAGUUGAGGCUUGGUUCAUCCAGCGAUCCUUGGAGCAGGAGAUGCGCCCUCCCUUGGCCAGGCUGCAGCAGUCUGCCCGGGACAAUACCUCUUCUCAUUCCCACAAAGCCCUGCCGCCAGCCGCCACCCGGAAGUCCAGGCUCAUUCCCGUCCAUCCCCCUGAGUCCUCAACCAGCUGUAAGCACAGAUGCCGAUCCUCCUUCCCCAUGGGGUCACUUCAACGUGUAACACAAAAACUGCUUCCCCCAACCUCCCCUCCCUUUCAGAUUCCUGGCUGCACCAAACUCUCCAAGUGGUGGAUGCACUCCAGAAACCUAAGAGUCAAUGUUUGA